AUGGCGACCGGUCCCGCACAGAGGGCCAUCACGCCGGCCCUCCGGCUCGCCGCCUCUUCCUCCCCAUCGUCCGCCGCCCGCCUGCUCGCCCCAGCCGCCGCAGCCCUCCUCUCCCGGCACAGCACCACAGCAGCGCAGCUCCGCACCUUCCAGACCAGCUCCCGCAAUGGCCUGCCCACCAACUCCCUCAUGGGCGGCCUCGGCGGCAGCGGCUCCUCCUCCUCCAUCCCGCCCUCGUACUUCCAGAAGCCGUCCCUGCCCGCCAACACCGUCAUCCGCUUCGUGCCCCAGCAGACGGCCUGGAUCGUCGAGCGCAUGGGCAAGUUCAACCGCAUCCUGCAGCCCGGGCUCGCCGUCCUGAUCCCCUUCCUCGACCGCAUCUCCUACGUCAAGUCCCUCAAGGAGGUCGCCAUCGAGAUCCCAAGCCAGAGCGCCAUCACGGCCGACAACGUGACCCUCGAGCUCGACGGCGUGCUCUACACGCGCGUCUUCGACGCCUACAAGGCCAGCUACGGCGUCGAGGACGCCGAGUACGCCAUCUCCCAGCUCGCGCAGACGACGAUGCGCUCCGAGAUCGGCCAGCUGACGCUCGACCACGUCCUCAAGGAGCGCGCGGCGCUCAACACCAACAUCACGGCCGCCAUCAACGAGGCCGCCCAGGCCUGGGGCGUCACCUGCCUGCGCUACGAGAUCCGCGACAUCCACGCCCCCGCCGCCGUCGUCGAGGCCAUGCACCGCCAGGUCACCGCCGAGCGCUCCAAGCGCGCCGAGAUCCUCGACUCCGAGGGCCAGCGCCAGAGCGCCAUCAACAUCGCCGAGGGCAAGAAGCAGUCCGUCAUCCUCGCCUCCGAGGCCCUGCGCGCCGAGAACAUCAACCGCGCCUCGGGCGAGGCCGAGGCCAUCCUGCUCAAGGCCCGCGCCACCGCCCAGGGCAUCGACGCCGUCGCCCGCAGCAUCGCCGAGGGCCGCGACGCCGCCCACAACGCCGUCAGCCUCUCCGUCGCCGAGAAGUACGUCGACGCCUUUGGCCGCCUCGCCAAGGAGGGCACCGCCGUCGUCGUGCCCGGCAACGUCGGCGACAUUGGCGGCAUGAUCGCCACCGCCAUGAGCGUCUACGGCAAGGUCGGCGACGCCCAGGCCAAGGCCGCCGCCAAGCAGAUGCUCGAAAAGGGCGGCGUCGUGUCCCAGCAGCAGCAGCAGCAGGGCUCAGUCGGAGAGCUCGAGGCCGGCGAGGAUGCGGACGAGAUGUCGAUGAAGGACCGGAUCGCCGAGGAGUUUGACCGCACCACCGAGCAUAGGUAA